CCAGGUAAAUUUAAAUCAGCAAUAAAAACAAAGGUGUCGGAACGGAACACACUAGCCUAGCUUUUCGUUUCCUUUCCUCGUCCCUUCUGUUCUGUGCCUUUUCCUUCAUUCCUUCCUUCCUCCUUUAGCUCCACCGACUUCUCAUUAAUCCAGCCAUUGUGACGUUCGUUUUCGAUGACAACCAGACCUUCCAUCUCCUAAUCCUGAAGCUCUUUUGUUGGAUUCCCCAUUUCUUGUUUUGUCUGAAUCCGUCGCGUGGCCCGCCGGUUCAACUCGGCAACUCGAAUCCGGAAAAUGCUGGAGCGGUGCUUGGGAGUCCGCCGAGUCCGCCAGAUCCAGCGCGCGGUUCGGCACAGCACCGUCACCUUCCUCUGCCUCUUCCUCACCGUGGUCGUCCUACGUGGGACCAUCGGCGCCGGCAAGUUUGGCACCCCUGAGCAGGACUUCAACGAGAUCCGAGGCCACCUCUACUCGCGCGGCCGGCGGGUCGAGCCCCACCGCGUGCUCGAGGAGGCACAGCCCGACUCCGAGUCCGACCAAUCCAACAACUACGCCACGUUCGAUAUUUCAAAAAUCCUCGUGGACGAAGAGCCCGAGGAAAAGCCCGACCCUAACAAGCAAUACAGUCUCGGCCCGAAGAUCUCUGACUGGGACGAACGGAGAAUCGAGUGGCUGAAAAACAACCCGGAUUUCCCAAACUUCAUCAGACCUAAUAAGCCCCGGGUCCUCCUGGUCACCGGGUCUUCCCCAAAACCUUGCGAAAACCCGGUCGGCGACCAUUACCUAUUGAAGUCCAUCAAGAACAAAAUUGAUUACUGCAGGCUACAUGGGAUCGAGGUUUUCUACAACAUGGCCCUUCUUGAUGCCGAGAUGGCAGGUUUCUGGGCUAAACUUCCACUGAUUCGGAAGCUCCUGCUGUCGCACCCCGAAAUCGAGUUCCUCUGGUGGAUGGACAGUGACGCAAUGUUCACCGACAUGGCGUUCGAGGUCCCCUGGGAGCGCUACAAAGACCACAACUUCGUUAUGCACGGUUGGAACGAGAUGGUGUACGACGAGAAAAACUGGAUCGGUCUGAACACCGGUAGCUUUCUGUUAAGGAACUGUCAGUGGUCGUUGGAUAUUCUCGACGCGUGGGCCCCGAUGGGUCCAAAGGGAAAAAUAAGAGACGAGGCCGGUAAGAUACUGACCAGAGAGCUCAAAGGUAGGCCGGUCUUCGAGGCCGACGAUCAGUCCGCAAUGGUGUAUUUGUUAAUGAAGGAGAGGAGUACAUGGGGAGAUAAAGUUUAUCUAGAAAGCGCGUAUUAUCUCCACGGUUAUUGGGGGAUUCUGGUCGAUAGGUACGAGGAGAUGAUCGAGAACUACCAUCCGGGACUCGGCGACCACCGGUGGCCGCUGGUGACCCAUUUUGUUGGUUGCAAGCCUUGCGGGAAGUUUGGGGAUUAUCCAGUGGAGAGAUGCUUGAGGCAAAUGGACCGGGCGUACAACUUCGGUGACAAUCAGAUUCUUCAGAUUUAUGGGUUCACGCACAAGUCCCUGGCUAGUAGGAGAGUGAAGAGGGUGAGGAACGAGACCAGCAAUCCGCUUGAAGUGAAGGACGAGCUCGGCUUGCUUCACCCUGCGUUCAAGGCUGUCAAGGUAUCUACGGCUUCUUGAAUCUGAUUUGCACUGCCACGUUAAUCUUUAAUCUUUCUCUUCCACAUUUUGUUAAGUUAUUGAUACGAGUCAUGUUGUAUGUUAUUGUAUUGAUAUCUUUUUUGUUUUUUCCUUUACUCUUUUGUGUCUGUAGCGAUCAAGAACAUAAAAAUUAUAUUGAUUUUUGGAAGAAAUCACAGCCUUUCUUACUUGUGUAUUA